AUGUCUUGGGUGGCUGUCGAUGUGCAGCAACUCUGCUUUCGGGUACUGCACUUUAUCAUCAUCAUCAUCAUCAUCAUCAUCAUCAUCAUCAUCAUCAUCAUCAUCAUCAUCAUCAUCAUCAUCAUCAUCAUCAUCAAGGGGCAGAUAAAGGGAGACUUCACGGGACAUUCAGACAGCCAUGAGGCCUUUGCCUGCGCGCGGAGCGCCAAGGACCUUCGGCCUGGGAGGAGGCUGUGGUCGAAAUGGCGGCUGAGCAGCCGACUGGCGCUGCCCCACGUUGUGGAGUACACGCGCAGUGUGCCCAACAACUCCCAGGCUUGGGUCUACUUGGCGCGCGCCAAGCUGGCGCUUGGGGACAAGAAGGAAGCCUACCGCGCGGUGCAAGAGGCAGUCUCCCUGGAUCCGGACAUUUUCCUUGGCUAUGCUUUGAGCUUUCUCGCCGCGCAAGGAGGGCUGGCGUGA